AUGAACUGCAUGAAAGGUCCGCUGCACUUGGAGCACCGAGCCGCAGGGACCAAGCUGCCGGCCGCCGCCUUGUCUUCCUCUUCUUGUCACCAUCCCCAGCCGCUGCCCAUGGCUUCGGUCCUGGCUCCCGGGCAGCCCCGUUCUCUGGACUCCUCCAAGCACAGGCUGGAGGUGCACACCAUCUCCGACACGUCCAGCCCCGAGGCCGCAGAGAAAGACAAGAGCCAGCAGGGGAAGAAUGAGGAUGUGGGCGCCGAUGACCCAUCCAAGAAGAAGCGGCAACGGCGGCAGCGGACGCACUUCACCAGCCAGCAGCUGCAAGAACUAGAGGCCACGUUUCAGAGGAACCGCUACCCGGACAUGUCCACGCGCGAAGAAAUCGCCGUGUGGACCAACCUCACAGAAGCCCGAGUCCGGGUUUGGUUCAAGAAUCGCAGGGCCAAAUGGAGAAAGCGAGAGCGCAACCAACAGGCCGAGCUGUGCAAGAAUGGCUUCGGGCCACAGUUCAACGGGCUCAUGCAGCCCUACGACGACAUGUACCCGGGCUAUUCGUACAACAACUGGGCCGCCAAGGGCCUGACAUCGGCAUCCCUGUCCACCAAAAGCUUCCCCUUCUUCAACUCCAUGAACGUCAACCCCCUGUCGUCGCAGAGCAUGUUCUCCCCGCCCAAUUCCAUCUCGUCCAUGAGCAUGUCCUCCAGCAUGGUGCCCUCGGCGGUGACGGGCGUUCCGGGCUCCAGCCUCAACAGCCUGAAUAACUUGAACAACCUGAGCAGCCCGUCGCUGAAUUCAGCGGUGCCGACGCCUGCCUGCCCUUAUGCGCCGCCGACUCCUCCAUACGUUUAUAGGGACACGUGUAACUCGAGCCUGGCCAGCCUGAGACUGAAAGCAAAGCAGCACUCCAGCUUCGGCUACGCCAGCGUGCAGAACCCGGCGUCCAACCUGAGUGCUUGCCAGUACGCUGUGGACCGACCUGUGUGAGCCGCACCCGGAGCACUGGGAUCCUAGGACCGUGACGGAUGGGGCUACUCCGACCUUGAAAGACUGGAAAUUAUGCUAGAAAGUCGUGGGCGCUAAAGAGAUGGAGGGGAAGAGAAGCGAGAGAACAGGAAACCACUGAAUUCUAGAGAGCUCCUUUGAUUUCAAAGGAAUUUCCUCAGUGUCUAACAUCUUCACUGAAAGCAUCUCCAACAGUUGCCAGGACACACACAGUGUGUGUGUGUGUGUGUGUGUGUGUGUAUCUAUAAAUGCGCUCUCUCACACACACACAUACACAUGGAUAUUUGACUGGAUAUGACAUUUUAACAUUACUAUAUGCUUGUUAUUUUUUAAGUUUAGCAUUGUUAACAUUAAAAUGACUGAAAGGAUGUAUAUAUAUCGAAAUGUCAAAUUAAUUUUAUAAAAGCAGUUGUUAGUAAUAUCACAACAGUGUUUUUAAAGGUUAGGCUUUAAAAUAAAGCAUGUUAUACAGAAGCGAUUAGGAUUUUUCGCUUGCGAGCAAGGGAAUGUAUAUACUAAAUGCCACACUGUAUGUUUCUAACAUAUUAUUAUAAAAAAUGUGUGAAUAUCAGUUUUAGAAUAGUUCCUCUGGUGGAUGCAAUGAUGUUUCUGAAACUGCUAUGUACAACCUACCCUGUGUAUAACAUUUCGUACAAUAUUAUUGUUUUACUUUUCAGCAAAUAUGAAAAAAAAAACGUGUUUUAUUUCAUGGGAGUAAAAUAUACUGCAUACAAACUG